UCAGAUGAAUUUAUUAACUCCAUAAACUUUCUCUCUCUCCUUUUCCAUUCAAAACCCAGACUCACAGAGAGCACACAGCAGAAAAAGCUCGGAGAGCUUCUCUCGGCUGAGAGACUGUUGUCGAAGAUGGUGUCCUCGGCCGCCUGGAUUCUCUCCAUGAAGGCUCUGUUCAUAUCGAUCGGCGCUGCCUCACUGGCGGUCUUCUUGAAGGUCUCUAUGCCGUUGGUUGCAGAGUUUAUGAUCUCUCAGCUCCCUCUCCUCUGGCGCUCCGUCCUCUCGUGGCUCAGGCCUCCCUACCUCUACGUCGUCAUCAAUGCCAUCAUCAUCUCCAUAGCCGCCUCCUCCAAGCUCCACCGGAGCCACGACACCUCCCCGGACGAGAGCCCCCCGGCAGAAAAUGGGGUUCAGGAUGACCGGCCGCAGGAGAUCAUAGGAGGAGCUGUUGAACCAGAGGGCUUUAGGGAUCUUCCAGUAAAGAGCUUCCCGGAAGAGGAUGCGGUCUCCGAUUCGGAAACUGCAGAUAAUAAUGACCGAGAUGAAGAAGAAGAAGAAGAAAAAGAAGAAGAAGAAGAAGAAGAAGAAGAGGAGGGGAAGGAGGAAGAGGAGGAUUUCGUGAUUUCGAGGUCCACAUGGAUGCCGGCGAAGAGAUCCGGCUCGCCGGUGCAUGAGUAUCUGCCUCAGCCAUCGGAGAAGCCUCUUGCGUCCUCCAGAUUCGUACACCGGAGGCCGGCCAAAUCCAGUCCCGAAGGCGGUAAGGCACUGAAGGUGACGAGGCCGAAGCGUCACGAGACACUGGAGAACACAUGGAAGGCGAUAACGGAAGGGCGGCCGAUGCCAUUGACGAGGCACAGGAGGAAGUCCGACACAUGGGAGAAUGGCCACCACCAGGACAGCAAGACACAGCUGAGCUCGCCGCAGCAGCAAAAGAUGAGGAAGUCGGAGACAUUCAGGGACCGGACGAACGAGCUGGAGCAGAGCCCGUCGUCCCCAGGGACGAUGAGGAGGGCUUUGUCGCCGGGUCAGGACGAGCUGAACCGGCGGGUGGAGGCGUUCAUAAGGAAGUUCAACGAGGAAAUGAGGCUGCAGAGGCAGGAGUCGCUCAACCAUUACAAGCAGAUGAUCAGCCGAUGAUUACUAUUAUAAGUUUGCAGAGGAGAUUUAAGGAUUUUGAUGAUCAAAAUUGCAUUAUUGGUCGGAUCGUGCGGAUUUGGAAUUUAUUUGUUCUUGUUCUUGAUGAUUUUAAUUUUUACAGGAAAGGCUUCUUUUUUCUUUUGUUUUGAUCUUUUCUGCCAUUUUUCAUAAACAGGUUGAAAGGAGUUUUGUUUCGUGGGUAUUAUUACCAUUCUCUUCGAUGAUGGAGAUAACAAUUUCUUCA